CCUCGUCCCUGGCGGCGGCGCACCACUCGUAUCUUCCUCUCUCCACCAAACCCUACCCACCAACGCUAGCUCCUCUCCCCCGCACCACUCCUCGCCGCCGCUACCACCACCACCUAUGGCGCCCGAGCUCACCACGGUGACCCCAUCCCUCCGCUUCUUCCUCUCAUCGGGCCAGAUCGGGCACGCGUGUCCUCAAGUGGCCAAGCGCGACCCCCGAUUCAGCCGAGGCCGCCGCCCGCGCCCGCGCGCCACCACCCGCUCCUCCUCGCCUCUAUUCCUCCGCCCGCCGACCCACCCCAUCCCUGAUACCUCACUCGGCGCCUUCCGCCGCAGGGCCGUCGCGCUCGCAACACCCUCGGCGCCGCACCUCCACCGCUACCUCCGCUGGCUCCUCGCCGACGCCCCCGCCUCGUGCACGAGCGGCCAGAGCACGCCGUCCACCCCGCGCACGCGGCGCUCGACGCGCUCGACGUCUUCGAUACAGUGCAGGACAUCAAGGACCUGGAGCACCCCUACUCGCUGGAGCAGAUACGCCCGAGGUGUCUCCUCAUCAUCUACAACAAAGGAUCCCCAUUGCCCGCCACCAGCCUGUAGCAGAGGAUCCCCACUCUGUUGGGCACAACACGAACACCCAAAACAGAUCAUCAGCAUACACAACCAGUGGAACUGCUACAAAGCACCAGAAGAAGGCGAAGCAAAGAGGGAAAGAUCACAGCAGCUCUUCUUGGUGAGGAAAUGCUCGGUCCUGCAGAACAACCGUGAAGCAGAAGUUAACUACGUGCUCGUCUGCGGGGUGCUUCUGGUGGUCUUGCUCUUCGAGCACUUCUGGAGGAUGCUCAAGUGGUUCUCCAUGGCUCACCAUGGACGUCAACAUACUCAUGCUCAUCGCAGGCUAACAUGGAAAGUGCUAUGGAACAGGAGGUAGCAGAAGGUGGAGAACCAAAGAGUGAUGUUGUUGUUGUUGCUGACCUUUUCUCACUAAAGAAUGGCCCUCCAGCAAAUUCCCCCACUGGCUGUGUUGUUUUGGUUGGUGCCAUCUUAUGUUACUGGUUACUAGUGAACAAUAUGGACAUGUGCCAUCUUAUGAACAUGGGGUAAUAAUACUAAGCUACUGGUUGUGUUAUAUUGGUCGGGCAUCUUAUGAACCUAUGGUGUAAUGAUGGGCCUAACUUACUGAAAUCCUGGAGAAUUAUAUUAUUAUUAUC